CUCCCCUCAACAGUAAAGAAUUUCUUCCUAAUCUAAAAUGAGUCUCUUUCAGUUUGAAGCCAUUCUCCCUUGUCCUGCCACUACAUGCUCUUGUUUAAAAGUCUCUCUACAUCUUUCUUCUAGGCUCACUUCAGUGGCUGGAAGUCACAAUUAUGUCACCCUGAAGCUUCUCUUCUCCAGGCUGAACAACCCCAUUUCUCUCAGCCUUUCCUCACAGGAGAGCUGCUCCAUCCCUCUGAUCAUCUUAUUGACUCUCCUGUGGAUAUGCUCCAUCAGUUCCAUGUCCUUCCUGUGCUGGGACCCCAGAGCUGGAUGCAGCCCUGCAGGAGAGAUUACAUAGCUCAUGAAGUGUGGCCACAGAAACCUAAACCAUCUGAAAAGCAUGUCAAGAGACAUGAGAAUAUGGAUUUGACCUCCACGUACUUACCUCCUCCUACACUAUGUCUCAAGUAUCUUCAUGUCUCUCGUGGAGCAAUGUCACCAGAUGGUAUUCAUUGGAAAAACUUUGGUGAAACCAAUAAAAGAAGCUGCUAUGUGCAAGGGGAGCAGGUCAGACCAAACAAUAGGUUUGUCCCAUCAAAAGAGAAAUUUUACCACAGAACCAUUGUUCAGAAUGACAGUUUUUACAAGGGACUGGUUGCCACUCAAAGCUGUAAACCUCUGAAUCUGGGCCAGAAAAGCAAGGCUCCCUUUGAGUACAUAACCAAUUACAGAAUGAUUUAUGUGCCACCUCCUCUGGUGAAACACUAUGUCCAUAAAAUUCAGAAAUACAAGGUCAAUUAUGUUUCAUUUGAUGGCCUCAACAACAACUUUUCUUACUGGGGUGGGGCCGGUCAGCCAACCAAGCUUCCAAAACCAUACAAGACAAAGCCAGUCCCUGUCCCUUUCUCCACUACAACUGAAUUUCAGGAAAAACACAAAGCUUGACUACAGCCUCCUGUAUUCACCAGAAAACUUGAUAUAUAUCUUCCUCCUCUGGAGAAAAUGGACCUUCACACCACUACUUGGACACAUUGGAAGCACCCAAAUGAGAAGCCAGCCAAGACGUGUCAAUCUUUGGCCCAGCUUAAUAAAAUUACUGAGCCAUUUAAUAGCUCUUCUAAAGUGAAGGAAGACUAUAAGCCUUGACUGUGAAAUAGACUAAAACCUAUCACUCAUGCUCCGACUUUCCCAGCAAAACAAAUAGAUUUCUUGGCAACAUUUUGGACCCAUCAUGGGUCCAUUCUCUCACAGUUAUGUAAACCUGUCUGGUCAGGCCCAAAGCAUCACACUCUCCUAGAUGCUAAAACAACCUACACUGCCAGUUACACACCAAAGGGCUUUGUUAGAUGCCUGGCCCCUUACAAAGACCCACCCAGUUACAUCUUUGAGAAAACUGAUGCUGACAGCUUGAUUUUGUUUAGUACCUUCUUUUAA